UUAUUUUCCUCUGCGAGAGUUGGUUCGUUGAAAAUGGCAGCAACAGCAGCUUCCAGCCUUCAGAUGGCGGCGGUGAGGCCGUGUGUUUCAACUUCUCACAGAGCUGUCAAGGCAGGUGUUGCCUUUGUUGCUGGAAAUUCUCAGAAAGCCUCAUGGGCCAACCUUGCAAGUGCUUGUCACAUGUCAUCUGUGCAACCUCUCCACCGGAGUUUUAUGUCAUCUUCGGUAAAACUUGACAAGGUUGUUACAAAAGCAGCAGCUGAAUCUAGUGAUAGCAAGCCUGUAUCUGGGUUGCCAAUUGACUUGAGAGGUAAGAAGGCAUUUAUUGCUGGUGUAGCUGAUGACAAUGGAUACGGUUGGGCUAUAGCAAAAUCUCUUGCUGCUGCUGGUGCGGAAAUUUUGGUGGGGACAUGGGUGCCUGCUUUGAACAUUUUUGAAACCAGUCUGCGACGUGGAAAGUUUGAUGGAUCACGUGUGUUGCCAGAUGGUUCUUUGAUGGAAAUCACCAAAGUAUAUCCCCUAGAUGCAGUCUAUGACAGCCCUGAGGAUGUGCCUGAAGAUGUGAAAGCAAAUAAGCGUUAUGCAGCGUCAUCUAAGUGGACUGUUAAGGAAGUUGCUGAAUCCGUGAAACAGGAUUUUGGCAGCAUUGACAUCCUUGUGCAUUCACUUGCCAAUGGACCAGAGGUGAGUAAACCUCUGCUGGAGACGUCGAGGAAGGGAUAUCUUGCAGCUGUAUCAGCUUCAAGUUACUCUUAUGUUUCCUUACUCAAGCAUUUUGUUCCAAUAAUGAAUCCAGGUGGUUCAUCAAUUUCUCUUACAUACAUUGCUUCCGAGAGGAUCAUUCCAGGAUACGGUGGUGGCAUGAGUUCUGCUAAAGCUGCACUAGAGAGUGACACAAGAGUGCUUGCUUUUGAAGCAGGAAGAAAACACAAAAUCAGGGUCAAUGCCAUAUCUGCUGGUCCGCUAGGAAGUCGUGCAGCAAAAGCAAUUGGAUUCAUCGACACAAUGAUUGAAUAUUCAUUUGAGAAUGCACCACUGCAGAAAGAACUAUCAGCAGAUGAGGUCGGGAACACAGCCGCCUUCUUAGCAUCACCUUUGGCAUCUGCAAUCACUGGUGCUGUCAUAUACGUCGACAACGGUCUUAACGCGAUGGGAGUGGGAGUUGACAGUCCAAUAUUUAAGGACCUUAACAUUCCAAAAAGCAAGCACUAGUGUUACAAUGGCAACAUAUUUUCUCUUCCCUAGGGUGGCUAGAUUGCGGCGGGAUUUCGAGUUAGUU